CAAAACUCCAAAGCUGAACGCAGGUGUUUAAAUUUGUGAAGAAUUACUGCUUAAAACGAAAACUUAACCAAAAACAUAACAAAGGCUAAAAGCUCAACUACAAAAUGGCACAAAUGGAUUUAGAGUUGAAGAAGGCCUUCACGGAAAUGCAAAUAAAUAAAUUGGAAACGACGAAAAAAAUAAGCAUGAUUGACAUGAAAUGCGACAUGGUGAAAACGGGCAAACAAAAGUAUUCACUAACAGAGAAAAGCACCAGCAAUCUAACUGAUGACACCAGGGUCUACAUGUCGGUUGGUCGCAUGUUUCUGUUAACUGAUUUGGAUAGUAUGCGCAAUGAGCUGAAGGCCAAACAGGAUAAAUGUGAUAAAGCCAUCGAACUGCUCGAAAAGAAAAAGGAAUUUCUGCAAAAGUCACUCAAGGAUCAGGAGGACGGACUACGUGAACUGGUGCAGCAGCGCAAGGAAGCGGAUGUACUAGCUAAAUAAGAAACACAA